CUGCUGGUCAGGGCUGGCAACAUGGAGCCUGAGCUGGAGCACGCCCCACGCAGGAGAUGAACUGCCUAGAGCAGGGAGACAGCACCUCAUGGCCAGCACCAGCCAUGACCACCAGCUCAGAAAGAAUCCGUGGCAAACGGAGGGCCAAGGCCUCACGAUGGACGAGGCAGGAGGCUGUGGAGGAAGGAGAGCCGCCAGGCCCAGGGGAAGGUCCCCGGUCCAGGCCAGCUGCUGAGUCCACCAGGCUGGAAGCCACAUUCCCCGAAGCCACACCUCUAGCAGGGGUGGGCACCCCCGCAACAGGGUGGGACUUUCUCCCACCUGACAGUGCAGCUUCAGCUGCGGCCUCCGACUCAGAUGAUCUGGAACUAGCCAUAGAGUUCCCGGCCACUGAAGGCUGGGCGUGUGAGCUCGAAGGCCUGGUGGAAGAAAGACCUGCCCCGUGCCCAUCCCCACAGGCCCCGUUGCUCAAGUCGGGCUGGGACGAUGAGCUGCAGAAGCCUGGGGCCCAGGUCUACAUGCACUUCAUGCAGGAGCACACCUGCUAUGAUGCCAUGGCAACCAGCUCCAAGUUGGUCAUCUUUGACACGACACUGGAGAUCAAGAAGGCCUUCUUCGCCCUGGUGGCCAAUGGUGUGCGGGCGGCACCUCUGUGGGACAGCAAGAAGCAGAGCUUUGUGGGGAUGCUGACCAUCACAGACUUCAUCUUGGUGCUGCAUCGCUAUUACAGGUCCCCGUUGGUCCAGAUCUAUGAGAUUGAAGAACAUAAAAUCGAGACCUGGAGGGAGAUCUAUCUUCAAGGCUGCUUCAAACCUCUGGUCUCCAUCUCUCCCAGUGACAGCCUGUUCGAGGCCGUCUAUGCCCUCAUCAAGAACCGGAUCCAUCGCCUGCCGGUGCUGGACCCGGUCUCAGGCACAGUGCUCCACAUCCUCACGCACAAGCGCCUGCUCAAGUUCCUGCACAUCUUUGGUGCGCUGCUGCCCCGGCCCUCUUUCCUCUACCGCACCAUCCAAGACCUGGGCAUCGGCACAUUCCGAGACUUGGCGGUGGUGCUGGAGACUGCGCCCGUCCUGACGGCGCUGGACAUCUUCGUGGACCGGCGCGUGUCUGCUCUGCCUGUGGUCAACGAGUCUGGUGAGGUCGUGGGCCUCUACUCCCGCUUUGAUGUGAUUCACCUGGCUGCCCAGCAAACCUACAACCACCUAGAUAUGAGUGUGGGCGAAGCCCUGAGGCAGAGGUCAGUGUGUCUCGAGGGAGUCCUUUCCUGCCAGCCCCACGAGAGCUUGGGGGAAGUCAUCGACAGGAUUGCACGGGAGCAGGUGCACCGGCUGGUGCUAGUGGACGAGAACCAACAUCUCCUGGGCGUGAUCUCCCUCUCCGACAUCCUUCAGGCACUGGUGCUCAGCCCUGCUGGCAUCGAUGCCCUCGGUGCGUGAGACUACUGAGCCCUCUCUCCCAGGCCACCUUCCACAUCUGGAAGCCAAUGAAGAGAGAUGGAGGGGGAAGGGAGGACUCAGCCUUCAUCUUCCCCUAUCCCGUGUUUGCCGGUUCAGCUCUGGUUCAGGUAGGCUCUACCUCUCUAGGUCAUUGGACCAGCCCCUUGGUCUUUCUGGGCUCUCAGAUCUCAGAUGGAGACACUCAGGUUGGGAGUGGCCCAGCUCCUAGCUGAGCAGUCCCAUGGAGACUACAUGUGUAAGAAUUCAUAGGCCACCACUUUGUCCUGUUCUUAGCUAAGGUCUUAGAAGCCAUCUAGGAGGGCAGGACAGAGUCUGGGCUAAAGACAAGGGCAGUGAUGUGACUUCAGGCAUUCUGCUCUCUCACAAUUCAAUUCCAUUAGGGAACUGCUGGGAAUUGCAUCAGAGGGGAGCAAAUGAAUAAACCUGUGUUGAUGGAAUUCCCACCCUCAGAAAUAAUGGAGGCUGAAGGGAGGGAGCUUCAACCUACAUGCUUGUCUCAGUGAAUGUGAAGUGACUUCAGACUUUCUAGCAAUUUUGCUAGAAAUUUACAGAAGGAUGGGACACUACUUGGCAGUGGAUGGCAAGACUCCCUCACUGGAAGGGCAACUUCCCCGCCCUAUUUGGUCGCCAUCUUCCCUUCUCUUUUCCUACAGGCUUCUUCAGCCUCCCUGAUUGCCCUUGCCCUGUCUAUGCAUCAAGAAGCCUUUGGGCAUGCCCAGUUCACUGUGGCAUGAUGAGGUGAAGAACAGCUGAGUCAAGUCUGGAGGUCUCUGAUCCAGAGGCACUGGGAUUAGUGGGAUUAGGCACUGGGAUCAGGGCCAUCUGUGCUCUACACCCACCCAUAUCCCUUUCCCCCAACAUGGGUUGAGACUGGUCCUAGUACAGCAGGCCACAGGGUUAAUCAGGAGUUCUGGAUUCCUAGGCUUCUGGUCUCCCUACGGCUCAUGUCCCCAGCAACUGGAAGUUGCAGCUGUUCUUCCUCCACGGGAACCUCCACUUUGUCACUACCCUCCUAUUCUGGUGUUGUCAUGUCAGGGCUGCCAAGGGUCACCAUGGAGCAGCAGUUAUUUACAGAGCCGCCUGUUGGAAUGGGGUCUGUUCUUGUCCAGAAAACUCCUUAGCUCUUCCCAAUGAACAGUGUUCUUGGUCCCCAGUGACGGAUGGCCUUAUAUUUGAUCUCUGAGAAUGACCACUAAAAAAAAAAAAAAAAAAGGACUAACCCAUGAACUUGAACUUUAUAGAUUUCACUCAAAAAUGCUACAGUCAUUUGACCUGAACUCAUAGCAAGAUCCCUGCGUUUUCUGCAUUCAAAGACACAAAGAAAAUCCUGUAUUUGAAAAAAGCUGCAAGUGGCAUUUCUUUUGUGUGUGGAGUGUUAUUCCACCAAAAUUUCUUUUUGAUGUUUUUAUUUAUAACAAAACCAUUAAGGAUAUAUCUAUUAAUUACUUACAUAAGGUACAACUCACCCUGUAAACUCAAGUCUGCAAGAAGCAUAACUUGAUUUUUCUAACGCUGAACGCAAUUUCUAUUAUGAAUCUUACAUCACUCUGUGGAAGAAAGGAAUCCACACCUUUUCCUGGGGUUAAGUUCAGUGGGGAAAGGGAGGUUUUAGGUAGUGUAAGACCUUGGUCAUCAGUCAUCAUGACCAUCUGUGCCAGCACCUGCUUAGUAAUCUCUGUCCCAGCUGGUUGUCACUUGGUCGAGUAUGGUCACUGCCAGAUACUCCUCCAUUCCCACAAAGCGUUUUUGGGCCUGCCUGUGUCUGGGACUUGCAGGCUAUUCCAGCUCCUGGCCCUGUACCCCUGUGGCCCCCAGGAAGUUCUGCAGCUGUUCUGGGCCGUCUGCUGGGAUGUACAGCCAGAGGCCCCUUCUACUCUGCAUCUUGUUGUUCUCUCAGACCCUACGCCGGAGCAGAGGGGCUCUUAAAAUCUCCAAAAGGACCCUUUCCUCAAGGACUCCAGAAAUCUCUUCUGUCUCUGCUCUCCAGUGACACCAGCCCAAGGAAUUUUUACUAGGAGGAAAAGUGGGGGGCCUUUGUUCUCUAAUUCAUCAUCCAAAUCUUCUUUAUGUGUCCUGAGUUCUUGGCAGCUGCUUUGAGGAUCAAGCUUUCGAAAUUCCAACACCAGGACUCAGCUUGUCCUGUCACUCUCCCCUGUGGCCAUCGGUGCUGCAGGGCUAGGGAGAGGAGCAUAGGCGACUUUCUCUAAAAUGCAGUUUUAUCCCUGUCACCUUGCAGGGCUACCGAGUGGAGACCUUUGUGCUUGACUGUUCAGGCAGUGCCUGGGAUGUUUUCCCACUAGAUAUUUUCCUGGCUCUGCUCCGGCUCUGCCUAGGAAGGUUCCAGGGUUUGGGGCCAGUGGGAGGACAGGAUGGGGGUGAUGACUGGCUCUGGGCCAAGGGAGAUCUCUCAAGUGAGUGUCCUUGGGGAUCCUGUCAUGGCUGUCUCUGGGGGAGUGUGGCAGGUCAGUCCUUUGAGCCCAUGCCUCUGGGUCUCUCUGAAUGAGAGAGACCCUCAGAGGCAGCAGCACGAGCUGAGGAAAAGCAGCUGAGAAAGGCCCUCUCUCCUCUCCUCCUCUCGAGCCUUCCCGAGAGCAGAUAACGUUCUACCUGAAUGGCCCAACUUCCUGACGACCUGGAGUUCCUCUCUUGAGCCCUUCUGUGAGGAACCAUUCCUCAGCCCUCUCCCUCAGGCCCCUCCUUGCCUCCUGCCCAGCCCUUCCAGCCAUCAGGGCUGCUAGACAAGAAGCACAGAGCCGCCGCCAUGGGCUGCAACACUGCCACACAAGCUCAGAGUGAGAGUGCCCUCAGGGCCAGCAGGUGGUAUGGUGCUGGACUCCCACAUGGCCAAAUACAGUUUGA